AUGGCCGAGGUUGCCGACCUCUACUAUGGAAUCGCGGCACCCUUCAAGGCGAUUUCUAAACACAACAAAAAGCAUGCGCAGCAGAUGCAGUCGUGUUUCGAGAAGGCGGUUAAACGGGGUUUCGUUUCGCCCUCCGUUCGUCGCACAGUGCCCUCCGGCAACUUGCCCCAGCCUUCCCCAGAAGCGCCCGAUGAUCCGUUUGAAUCGGAAUUGGAGCACCAUCUGGUUGGUAUGCUGGGUGAAGAGCAGGCUAAACGUCUGCUCAGUGGAGAAGAACCUCUUGUUCAGCGACACGAUGUGGUCCCACAGCAACAACCACAACAACCAGACGAAGUCGGUACUUCCCGUUUCAAUCUCCCCUCCGGCAUCCACUAUGAUCACGAAGAGUUCCUCAAAUUCCUGGUAACUCCACUCUCGGAAUUAGAGGAGAACCGGCUAACAGAAAUGGCGAAAUUGCGGCCGCUGGAUAAAGAGUUGCAGUCCGCUAUUCAGGUAUACUGCCUUUAA